AGCUUUUUUUUUGCUCAGUUUGAGGCUUUUGAAUCUAUCGUUCUCUCUCUCUCUAAAGAAUCCAUCUUUAUACAGAUUUUGCUUCUUUUCUAACUAGCCCACCUCAUGGAUUCCUCGUGAUUCCACUUUAACCUCUCUAAAAGUUUCAAACUUUUUUCUUCGUCUUUUGUGCAAAAGGCAACUUUACGAUGGCCCUCGACGGAAACGGCGGUGCUGUAUGGUUAAACAGCAGCGGAGAGGAGGAAGCUUCGUGGGGUGGGAAUCAAGAACACGUUGGAGCUUCUUCUCUUUCUCAUUUCAAGGCGCCUAUGCUUGAAAGUGAUUGGUUCAGUAACCAACAACAACAACAUCCACAAGAUCUCCACGUGUUACAGAACCAGCAAGAAGACUUCAGAUUCCUCGGCGAUUUUCUUAUCAAUCCCAACGACAAUCUUCUUCUUGAUUCCUCUUCCUCUCAACUUUUUACCCUCGACACAUCUCAGCCUUCCUUCUUACCUUCUAACAACAAGUCUUGUCUCCUCAGCGCUCCUUCCGACACAAACCCUGUCGACAAUGCCUUCGAGUUGGGUUCUGAUUCUGGUUUCCUCGGCCAGGCGUUUGGUUCGUUGACACAAGGCUUCACUCCUUUGGAGUUACAAGGCUUCACCAGUCCUGCGAAAGUUCUGAAGCCUUUAGAGGUGUUAGCAUCAUCCUCUGGUGGACAGCCUACUCUGUUCCAGAAACGUGCAGCCAUGCGUCAGAGCUCUGAAACCAAGUUUGGGAACUCAGAGACGAAGCUGAGCGAUGACGGAGAGAUUGAGAGUGUUCAGAGCAGAGGAGGUAAAGGUAAGAAGAAAGGACUGCCUGCUAAGAAUCUGAUGGCUGAGAGGAGAAGAAGGAAGAAGCUUAACGAUAGGCUCUACAUGCUUAGAUCAAUCGUCCCCAAGAUCAGCAAAAUGGAUCGAGCAUCAAUACUUGGAGAUGCAAUCGAUUACCUCAAGGAACUUUUACAAAGGAUCAAUGAUCUUCACAACGAACUUGAGUCAACUCCAACUCCACCUGGAUCUUUGCCUCAAACUCCGCAGAGUCUUUCUUGCCAUGUCAAGGAAGAGCUGUGUCCUUCAUCGUUGCCAAGCUCUAAAGGCCAACAAGCAAGAGUUGAGGUUAGAGUAAGGGAAGGAAGAGCAGUGAACAUUCACAUGUUCUGUGGUCGUAGACCUGGUCUUUUGCUAGCUACCAUGAAGGCCUUGGAUAAUCUUGGAUUGGAUGUUCAGCAAGCUGUGAUCAGCUGUUUCAACGGGUUUGCCUUGGAUGUGUUCCGCGCUGAGAAAUGCCAAGAAGGACAUGAGAUAUUGCCUGAUCAAAUCAAAGCAGUGCUUUUAGAUACAGCAUCUGAUGAAGUAGAGUGCUAGAAGAAACUAAGCCUUUAAAUAUGCAAUUUUCUUUACUUUCUUUCAUCAAGUAUGCAAUUGUACAUGAGACAUGUUUAAAUUAACCUUUUUGAACUGGGGGGGGGGGGUUGUUCGAUAUAUUAUAUUUCAGCCUUUAUUAGCAAUGUUAACCUCAUUAUGUUUCAUCUCCUCAGUCCAACGUCCAUGUGGUUUUAGUCAAGCCAGCUAAGGAAGAGGCAGAAUAAAGAACAUGCCCCACCAUGUUGUUUUAAUCAGAUUUUUCUCAUUAGAAGUCUACCAAGAUUCAUCCGCAUAUGAUAACCAAACUAAAAAUAAAUAAAUAAAAUUGAAAUUAAUCUCCAACAUCAAUGUUUCUCAAUCCAUAAUUCACCUCUUACAUCCUUAAUCGCUGACGUAAAUACUCUUCAUAACCGAAGAUACCAAGAUCCCGAGCAAACCAAAGCAGUGCUUAUAGAUGAAAGCUUUGACCUAUUCUACCAUUUGAUUCUCAUUAUCUUUAAUUAUUAUCGUGUGUUUUAAGUUAUUACCGUUUGAUUAACAUUGGGGACUUGGGGUCUGAUUCACAAACUCAUUCUUGAUUAAGUUACAUUAAUGAGUGGUUACAGAGAUACAACAAACACAUAUUCACAUCAGAUUAAAAACUUUUCUAGUAAACAUCUUUUUGAUAGUCAGGUUCGCAGAACUCUCCUCCAAGAUCAUCACAAGCCUCUGCGGGGAAAACUCUGUUUCCAAGUCCAAAACACACAAUCAGAAGCUGAGAAUCUAAGGUAAGUAAAGGAAAGGUGUUAAAAGACGUGAUCAUUACGUUUUGGGGUUGUUAUACUCUAGGUAUUCUCGGUCUACGGGCUCUGAAGCCACGGGAGGUGAGACGGGCUUUGUUUCAAGCUUGACUUCAGGGUAAAUGUCAGCAGAACAGGCGUAACCGCUGAUUACUUCACACGCUUCAGCUGGGAAAA